GGAUUCGAUUCGAUCUCAAAUCGGCGGACAGCUGCCAGAGACAGCCAUCAAAAUUGAAUCCGUCGAUGGAUAAGGCUGGCGUCCGUCGCGGAAAUGUGGUGGCCAAAUGUGGAAUGGGCCAGGAGAUGGUAGCGAGUGGCCAAAGCCCCAACGCAGCCCCCACCAAUGCAAUGCAAUGUAAUUAAAAUACCUUGCGAAGGCCAUGUGGGCGGUCCGUCUUUUUGGUGGAGCCGUGGCCGCCGGCACGCCUGGUUAUUUAUAUAAAUCCCGCAAAUUUGUGUCAAUUUAUGCAAAAUCGCAUGCAUCCACAUUUGCGCCAUAAAAAUAACGCACACAAUAUUUCGGAAUCGAUUUGUCAAUAAAAUUGGAGAGCACUGGCCAAGCACAUUUCAGUGGAUCUUGCCGAGUGGCCGAGUGCUCCGCCAAACGUAUGAGCAAUAUUUAAGGUGCAUCCGUCGCUGGGAAAACGCGUCCGAAUCGCUAGGAAAGUUCGAGUGUCCUGGUCGGUUGUUGAUAGUGUUCCACGUUGAAAAACGCGUUCGAACCGUCGGUAAAUCGAUUUUAAAAUCGUACUUAAAUCUCCAGAAAAAAAGUGAUUUAAACUCAGAGAAAAACAAGAUAUCCUGAAAAAAUAAAGCUCUAAAAAAAAUUUUGAUAAAUUCAUAAAAAAUCAGUUUUAAGAUUUUGUGGCAUUGAUAUGAUAUCUAAUAAUAUGGACAAGUUUUUUUCUCUGAGUUAAAGUCCUUAAUAUAAAGUAUUGAAAAUAUAUAAAUAUUUUCAAAGAAAGUUUUUUAACCUACAAAGGUAGUUUGUGAGUGAUCGGAAAAGUUGUUAGUGCAAAUACUCCUUCAAAAUGUCGAUGGAUCCAUCGGUUUCUCUAGAGGAUCUGGAGCGACGUCGUCGUCGCGCCAGUUCCGCCCGCAAGCAGUCACAUACUCCCCAGCCAGCAUCUCACCUGGCGGAUUCGGAGGCCAUGGCCGUGAUCAAUGAGAUAUUCAAUCCCACGCUGAAGCUGCCGGAGUCCAGUGGCCACUAUACGCUGCCCGAGGAGAUGAGGGCCGAUGACAAUGUGGCGCCCCAUGAACUGGACAUUGCCAAGCUGGCGGAGCUAAAGGAAGUCUUCUCGCUCUUCGAUACGGACUGCGAUGGACUGAUUUCGAAGGACGAUCUACGGUUCACCUAUACGGCACUGGGCAACGAACCGAACGAACAGCUACUGGAACAGAUGAUGCAGGAGGCCAAGGAGCCGCUCGACUACGAAGCCUUCGUUCGGCUGAUGAGUCGUCGCACCCAGGAACUGGAUCCCGAGGAUGUUUUGUUGGAGGCCUGGAGCAAAUGGGAUGACCAUGGCACGGGCAAGAUCGACGAACGCAAAAUCUAUGAGGAGCUGACCAACUAUGGUGACAAAAUGACCCUCAACGAGGCCAAGGAGGCGCUAAGCCACGCCCCAAUGGCCAAGCCCAAGUCCUUGGAGGAGCCGCCCAUGAUCGAUUAUCCGGCCUUCUGUCGCAUGCUCAGUGGAAUGCGGAAGCGGAAAGGGGAAUAAAUGUGCUAUUUGCCUUAAAUUCAAAUCGAUUAAAUAUUUUCUGAUUCAAUGUUUUUUUUUUUUAGUUUACCUACUAAUAUAAAAGCUCUUGAUUUCAUAUCAUUUAAUGAAAUUUAUAUUCUUUUUAGAUCAAUUUUGAAAACCCUUCGCAGCUAUUGUUGUGUUUACUAUGUCUUACAUUGUUGUUAGAUUGGUAAAUAUUUUUGAAAUUUACUUCAAGUCCUGAAGCAGCUGUGCCGAUUUGACAAUCGUAUUAACCUUAACGCCAACUUUUGUUCGACUUUUUAUCAAAAUAAAUCGUGAAGAACCAACGAUCCGUUGGGAAUUAUUUCUUAA